AACUUCCAUUGCAAUCACUCUGAAGACGAACAGCAGUAUCAAGUACAAGAAAACAAUGUAGAACAACAGAAAGUAUGAGUAAAUCAGGAAUUUUCUAAUAAUUUUAUGGAUGACAAUGUACAAACUGAAAAAGAUUUGGACGAACCACUGUUAAGUCAACAAGCACACUAUGACUUAAAGAAUCACCAGGAAACCGAAGCAAGUACCCAAUCAGAGAAUUUUAGGGAUAAUCUAAAUAAAUUUAUAGCACUACCACCGUUUUGGAUGUACGGAGAUAAACCAAAUGGACCUGAAUUUAUGCGAAUGGAUCCAACAACUGAGCGGAUCACAAACCGCUUACGUUUAAAUGAGGAUAAAUCAAUUACUGUUAUUUUUCGUAAUAAUGAAGAAUUGAUUCUAAACGACAAAAUUGAUUUACAUAGUAAUAUUUACGAUUACUUAAAAUCUGUAGAACGAUGGCCACUGUGGGUUGGCACUCAAAUUGAUAGUAACAGGUAUUCGAAAAUUUGUAAAGGUACGAUUGUUGGUGAUGAUGCUUACAUAAGAAAUCAACCAAAUCCAACCAAUUAUUUAAUCUCACAAAGCAGUUAGAAGAGUGUGUUUUACGAGCUGUCAGUAAAGGUCUUCCUAAUAUUGAAACUAUUUCCGAAAUAUCUGAAGAACUAAAAAAAAAAGAUUUAUUGAGAGUUGGGUGCGUUGAACAUAAAAAUAAAUUAACUAAAAAAGUUAUUGACAUUUAUAUUGUUAUGCGCGCUCAUUUUUUGGCUAAAUCAGAAAAUAAGCGCUAUGAUGCAGCCAAAACUAAAACAAAGAUGAAUCGAAAAAAUGCCAAAUUACUAUCUUAAAUAAAUGACUCGUGGUUUUAAAAAAUUUGCAUAUUUUAUUUAUUAUCAAUAAUGUUCAUGUUAAUUCGUAUAUUUCAUUGUUGUAAAUUGAUAUACGUUUAUUGUGUGUG